CCAGGAUUCAGUAAGAUAAUAAUAGAAGGAUUAUUUAUUGUGGAGGAAGAGAACAAAAAAAGUCUCGGGAGUCCGCCUUGGUCGCUUGAUGAUAGGAACGGAUAAGUCGAGAUGCAAAUAUUAUGGCUUUCUUUUUUGUAAAUGUCUGCAGAUUUUCAGGAUGUAACUUAACAUUUUCAUCUGUUAAUCGACUGAUUGAACAUAUCGAGGAUGCACACAUUGACAAGGACCCUGGAUUCCUAGAAAAACAAGAGCUGCAGCAGCCCACGUCUGUAGCACUCAGCUAUGUUAAAAGGUUUGUAACAGAGGCUGCAAAAAAUGGCCAGCAAAAUUCACCUAUACCAUCAAGUCACAGUCGAAAGAAGUUAAAGAACCACUUAAAUGCAAUGAUAAGCCAUGUGGUCACACCGGUCUUAGGAACCCCAAGAAGUUCAACACCAACAGGAAGUGAAUUCGAUGAAGAUUUUGGUAGCGAAUCAGACAGCGAUAAUUCAUGGACAACGCAAGAUGAGUUCAGCUCUGAUCUGAUUCUACGCAUGGCCAGCACAAGUGGCUCCGAUGACAAACCUUUUGUCUGUCCCGUACCAGGCUGUAAGAAACGCUACAAAAAUGCCAAUGGGAUUAAAUACCAUGCCAGGAACGGACACAGAAAGGAAAUCAAAAUAAAGAAGACAUAUAAAUGUAGAUGCGGUAAAAGUUACAAGACUGCACAAGGACUGCGUUCACACAUGAUUUCACACCAUCCCCCGACAGUCCUCACCCCUUCUCCUUCACCUAAGGCAGUGCAGCCGAUACAGAUCCCUCACUCUAAUUCUACUCCACUUCUGACUACAUCCCUCACAAGCCUAAGCAUUCCAACAACACCGCUGACCCCAACAUCUUCCAAAGGCAUCAUUCUGACUCAGCUGAAUAACGUCCUGGCUACGCCAACUUCCGCUGGGGUAGUGAAGUCUGUGGAGCCUGGAACACCAGUAACACCAGGAACUCAGAUUAACCUUGGCUCACCAACAACAAUUAUGCCUAAAGCUGCUACAUCUGGCUUUACUAUCAUCACCGUGCCGUCGCAAAUCACGGGCAACACAAUAACACCCGGCGUCUCUUAAAAUAUUCCAGAAAACUUUUUUAUAAACAUACAUAUGGUAUAUUUUGGGGAGGGGUGAUUAUGGUGAUCUUGCAGAGCAAAGCAUAUGCAGUGCUCAUCACCCGUCAUCAUAAUAUUGCAAAAGCGCCCUCACGUUCAAACAACCUUGAAGUGGUUAUUAUUUUCCAGUAAAAUACUUUUAUUUUCAUUUUGUUUUCAAAUUAAGAUGCAUCAUAUGACAAUCUUCAAAAAUACAAAUCCGUGCAAUUUAUUCGCCGCUAAAGUAUUAUUACAAUACAAAUUUUUAUAUAUGCUGUGAUAUAGAUUAUGACAACUCAACAAUAGAGAUGGGAUUGAACUUCUCUAAAAAAUCUAAAAUUAACAUAUUUUUCCUAAUAUAUAAAAAAAACCAUUGCAAUCAUCGUUUCUAUAGACACUUUAACAAACUUGCCCUAAAAAUUUAUUCCAAAAUAUUCAUGUUCUCAUAGUUGAUAGAUUAGUAUUUAAUAUUUUAUAUAUUUGUUUAGUAUGGUGCAUGCAUAACGUUUUAUACAUCUCUUUAAAUUAGCUU